CCUGCGUGGGUGGGCAGGAUCUCAACUCAAGGGAGCUGGCGACCCACACCAGCUGAAUGGACCUGCAUUCCUUGUUGCUGCCCACUGGCCCCAAUGCCAGCAACACUUCCGAUGGCCCAGACAACCUCACCUCUGCCGUGUCGCCUCCUCGUGUGGGGAGUGUCUCCUACAUCAACAUCAUUAUGCCUUCGGUGUUCGGCACCAUCUGCCUCCUGGGCAUCGUGGGGAACUCCACAGUCAUCUUCGCAGUGGUGAAGAAGUCCAAGCUGCACUGGUGCAGCAACGUCCCCGACAUCUUCAUCAUCAACCUCUCGGUGGUGGAUCUUCUCUUUCUCCUGGGCAUGCCCUUCAUGAUCCACCAGCUCAUGGGCAAUGGUGUCUGGCACUUUGGGGAGACCAUGUGCACCCUGAUCACAGCCAUGGACGCCAACAGUCAGUUCACUAGCACCUACAUCCUGACUGCCAUGGCCAUUGACCGCUACCUGGCCACAGUCCACCCCAUCUCUUCCACCAAGUUCCGGAAGCCCUCAGUGGCUACCCUCGUGAUCUGCCUCCUGUGGGCCCUCUCCUUCAUCAGCAUCACCCCCGUGUGGCUGUACGCAAGGCUCAUCCCCUUCCCGGGGGGAGCUGUGGGAUGCGGCAUCCGCCUGCCCAACCCAGACACUGACCUCUACUGGUUCACCCUCUACCAGUUUUUCUUGGCCUUCGCCCUGCCCUUUGUGGUUAUCACCGCUGCAUACGUGAGGAUCCUGCAGCGUAUGACUUCCUCGGUGGCCCCUGCCUCGCAACGCAGUAUCCGGCUGCGGACAAAGAGGGUGACCCGCACGGCCAUCGCCAUCUGCCUGGUUUUCUUUGUGUGCUGGGCGCCCUACUACGUGCUGCAGCUGACCCAGUUGUCCAUCAGCCGCCCAACGCUCACUUUUGUCUACCUGUACAAUGCGGCCAUCAGCUUGGGCUACGCCAACAGCUGCCUCAACCCCUUUGUGUACAUCGUGCUCUGUGAGACGUUCCGCAAGCGCCUGGUCCUCUCCGUGAAGCCCGCUGCCCAGGCGCAGCUUCGCACCGUCAGCAACGCUCAGACAGCUGACGAGGAGAGGACAGAAAGCAAAGGCACCUGACACUUCUCCUGCCACCUGGACACCUCCAAGUCAGGUCACCACAGCAAGCCAUGGGGAGAUGUAGAGAAAAACCCAAGGCCGCCCUGGGGGAAGGCAGGAGGCUGGGUGAGGGGUUGCUGCAGCUAAAUAUAGUCUAUGGAACCCACCAAUUGCUGGGGAGGAGUGGAGCCAACUUGGGGGACUUCCGACCUCAGAAAGGCCCUAGGGGGAGCAGGAUGAGGCCUUUGGGUGGAACAGAAGCUGAAUAAGAAAAUGUUGGUUCGAAUGUUCCGUUGAGCCCUACAUCUGUUAGCUCCCAAAUGUCUUUUUCCCAAGGGAAGAGGUAGAAGGCUCCUAGCUGAGCUUGUUUAAAAUCAGACUGGGCCAGCGGUUGGGCGACUGGGCCACCUAGCCCAGGGCCCUUGGGAAGAGGAAAGAUGGCGCAGCCCAAAGCUCUUUCCCAUCUCUCCUUGGUAUCAGAGAAGGCAUCCUUUCUCCCAAGCUGGUGGCUGACAGAAAGUGAAGCAUGCUGUCUCCUCUCCAGCAUCCUGUGUCGGUCUCCCUUUAUCUCUAGGGGAUGCAUGCUUGUGUUGGAGGCGGAGCUCGAAAUCCCACAGG